AUUUGGUUUUCCGAUAGACCUGUGACGGAUAUUUUUUUCAUCACGGAAACCGACUUUUUAUUUAGUUUUUUAUCAGACGAGUGCGCUCCCCUUGAAAAUGGCAUCUCCUUCUCCAGAUCCAACAUUUACAAAAGAAGAAAUAAAAAGGAACUUAUUCAAAUCACCAAAUGUCGAAGCAGACAGAAUGACAGAUAGCAGUUCAGCCUUGUCUUUAAUGAAUAGGUUACAGAUAGAUUAUGAAAUUGAAAUGAGUAGAAAAUUAAUGCAAAAAGACGACAUGCAUGAGCAGAGACUGAAACAAUUACGACAGAAGUUGAAAAAUCUAAGUGAUGAUGAUUGGAUGUACCCAUCGGUGGAAAAAUUGCUGGGACUAAGUUAAUCACAAAAAGUUAUAAUUUAUAAAAAAAAUACGGAACAAGCACAAAAUGAUCCGAGACCAAUUAGUUGGUAAAUGGAACUGAUAUAAAAGGUGUCAGAUUGUGAUCUAUAAAUACAUGAUAAAAACAGUGUAACUGCAGAUUCCACAAAGGAGAAAGGUCCAGUAAGGACCAAUUUGGCCUCAAAUUUCAGGUUCAUCUGACAAAAGAUUUUGACCACUUUUUAAACACUUAAUUGUCUAUUUCAUUUGAAUCAAUUAGUUUAUGUGAAAGAGUUUAACCGAUAUACAUGAAGUCAUAAAAAAACGAUCCGAUUCAAGGUCAAAUAUGAAAAAUCUACCAAAUAUGAUGAAAAAUGUCACUUUUCAGAUGGUUUUUGGUAAAAAUGAAAUUAGCCUCAUCCAUGUUCAUCCUCAACAUUUAUAUGUUUAUAUAUGUUCUGUAUUAUCAUUAAAUACAACUUACAUUUCAAUAUUAAGGAUGAACAUGAAUGCACUUUCAUUUUACAUGAAAAUCGUCUAAAAUUUAACUAAAAUGCUAGAAUUGUGAAGAUUUCAGUAACUUAGCAUGACUUAAUGGUGCUAGUACUUGAUAUACAUGUAUGUACAUAGUAUUGUCAAAAACAGCCCAUAUGUAUGUAAAUUUUGUAAAACUGCUAUAUUUUGGGGCCAAAAAGGGGUCUUAAUAGACAUACUCUCUUAUUUGUAUGGUGGAGAACUUGUUGUAGGACAUGUGAAUUAACAUGUGUAUCUAUGUUUUAUCAUAACAAAUCUUAAAAAAACA